ACUUGGCCCUGUCUGGCACGUAACAAGUAAAACCCUUGUCAAAAAUCAAAGGCCUAAGAGACAGAGACAGGCAAAAAUGGCUUCCACGAAGGUAGUCUCCAGGUUAUCAACAAGGUUACAGCCUUUCCUUUUCAAGCUCAACAAGAAAUCUUUAUCUGCUGAGCUCUCUUCACUGAAAUCCAGCUCUCUUCCAACUCCGGUUUCUGUUCCUGCAACAACAAGACGCCUCUCUCGCUCCUCAAGAUUACCACUGCAAUUGAGUUGCGUCGAAUCGAUGUUGCCAUUGCACAGCGCGGUAGCAUCAGCGAAGUUGAUUUCGAGCUUGUCUAGCGAAUCUGACUCCUGGGCUUUAGUGCCUCAAGGUGUCUCGAUGCCUUUAUGACAGUCUCUUUCAUGGGAACUUUUGACAAGGUGAAGAUGAGUGGCUGUUUCAUGUUGCAUUUCUUUGCUCUGAAUCGUAACAUUGAAAAUGAGUGUUUGUUACAUGUGAAACUGAGGAGGACAUGCUUCGUUAUGUUCAUCUUUCAUUGUUUUUGCUGUACUCCUUUAUUACUUCCUUCGACUGUCUAUAUCCAGGAGGCUGGAUGAUUUUUGUUCUCUAAAUUAGCUUUUAUGGAAACUGUAGGAGAUAGCGCUUCUCUCUUAAAUUUAUAUUCAGCUGCAAAUUUCAUGUCA